AUGGGACACAAGGGAAUGGAGGAUGAAGUGGAGGACUGGGUUUGGGAUGCUGCAGCUCUCGAGGAUUGGCAAGAACAACGCCAGCUGGCCGAGAAACUUUUCGAGGAGCGCUGCCGCUCCUGUUUGCCGGUCAAUCAAUGCGCCCACCCAACCACUGAACCACUGAACCACCGAACCACCAGUGAACCAGCGAGCAACUGCACCACCAUGUGUGUUCUCAUCGUGGGUGACACCGGCGUGGGCAAAUCCUCCCUGAUGAUGCGUUUCACGGAGAACAAAUUCCUCGAGAACUACAUGUGCACGGUGGGCAUGAAUAUCAGGGCGAGCUACGUGGAGCUGCUCGAGGGCAAGAUGAUGCUGGAGGUCUGGGACACCACCGGCGACGAGCGCUUGAAGUCUAAAUCUGAUAUUAUCCACAGGAUUUAA